AUGGCGAACGAUACAGACAAGGUGUCCGUCGAGACAGUCGACAAUGUGGAGGCUGGUACAAUCGCAAAGCCUAUGGUUGACAUCGAUGUCGAUGAGGAGUACACCUAUGAAGAGCAGAGGAAAAUCAUCCAUCGCGUUGACCGUCGACUGAUUCUUAUAUGUCGUGCUGCUUAUUGUAUCAGUCUGAUGGAUCGAAUCAACGUAUCUAUAGCAGCCAUUAGCGGAAUGAUGGUAGAUUUGGAGCUGGGUAUAGGUUUCAGAUAUUCGACUAUGGUCUUGGUUUUCUUCGUCACCUAUAUCGUCUUUCAGCCUGUCUCGACUGGGCUUAUUCGAAGAAUUGGGCCCCGGAUCUUCAUUUCCACGAUUGUCAUGACUUGGGGGGAGGGCUUCAAGUUAACCUUUGUCAUUGGCAUUUUAUGCAUGAUCUUUGCCGUUGACUUUCCGGAUAAAGGCCACAAUACCUGGGGGUUUCUGAGUGAGAAGGAAUGCGCAUUUGUCCUUCGUCGUCUGAACCGGGAUCGCGCAGAUGCUAACCCAGAGCCUUUCAGUCUGAAGAAAUUUCUUCGUCCGGCCCUAGAUCUAAAGAUCUGGGGACUGGGUCUGGUUUUCUUCUGCCUUACCACCGUUACCUACUCGAUUGCAUACUUCCUCCCUAUCAUCCUUCGCGAAAACAUGGGAUUUGGCGUGGGAGCAUCCCAAUGUCUGAUUGCGCCCCCUUAUGUCCUCGCCGGUAUUCUGAUGGGUAGUACAUCUUGGGCUGGAGAUAAGUACCGCAUGCGUGCCCCAGUGCUUGUGUUCAAUAGCCUUGUCACGCUCAUUGGUCUCCCGGUGAUGGGGUUCGCCCAAAACCCGGGUGUCCGAUUCUUUUGGUCAUCCAUGGCAUACCAAGCCAACAACAUCCGGGGACAAUGGACUCGCGCCUUUGCAAGUGCGAUUCUAGUUGGCUUUGGAGGUGUGGGCGGUAUCGCGGGCAGCUUGAUCUUCCGGUCCCAAGAUGCUCCCAGGUAUAUUCCGGGUAUCUGGGGCGCAAUUGCGUGA